CGGUGACUCGUGUUAAAUGGAGGCUAUUUGAAAUGUUUUGAAUCGUGACAGAAAAAGAAACGCGAUUAUAGUGAUAUUACUAAUGGUAUUAAUGUUUAGCAGCUAGUUACGUUUGCAGAGAGCUGUCACUAUGGACUGUACUGUUGAUGGUGCAGAGGAGGUGGAGAAAGAGAGAUCAACAUCUCCAACUGGAAGUCAGUCUCCUGUAAUGGACCGUAACCCCUCACCACCCCCAGAAACAGCUGAUGGAGAGGAGGAUGAAGAUUUGGAUGCUAUUGGAGACACUGUGUACAGCAAGCACUGGCUUUUCAGCACUCUGACUCAUCUCAUCCACAUGGUCACAGAGCAUUCAGAGGAGGACUCUGAAGGUCAAAUGCAGCUUCCUGAAGAUGAUGAGGAAGCUCUAUGUAAAGUUUGGGAUAUGGCAAUGGAUAAGGACGUGGCUGGUUUUCUGCAGGAAUUCAAAGCUACAGAUAUCCUCCUUGGUGUGAUAGCCAAAUCUCGUUGUCCACGUCUCACAGAAAUUUGUGUGGGAAUCCUUGGGAACAUUGCGUGUUUUCCUGACACUUGUAUGACUCUCAGCCAAAAUGAAGACUUAGGUGCUGUGCUGUUGCUUCUUCUUGGAGAUACAGAUCCUCCGACCCUUCUGGAAACAAGCAGAUUGCUGCUGACCUGUGUCUCUCAGAAAGAUGUUUGUUCCCUGUGGCUUCAGCGAAUACGACAGCAGAUGUCUGUGCGCUCCAACCUCUGUUUCAUCAUGUCCAGUUCUACCAAUACGGACCUGCUUGAGAAGGUCGGGGAGCUGGUUGACAAAUUGUUUGACCUUGAUGAAGAGUUGAUGAAGAGCUGGAUCACAGCUCAGCCAAGUGAGGAGGAGGAGGAGGAGGAGGAGGAUGGUGAAAGCCCCCUGGAUGUGGUCUCGUGCUUUCUUGAGGCAUCCAAGCAGCUUAGACCAGAGAGUCCAAAUGGCUUAGAGGUUUAUCUUCAUGCCCUCCAACUCCUCACCACCACAGAUGAGGGAAUUCAGGUUUUUGCUGCCCCUGAUGGACCUGGCAAAGCAGUAUGGGACUUUGUUUGUGAGGUGGUAUGUGAAGACCUUUGCCAGCCAAAUGAUCUUCCAGUGGUCCUGCAAGAGCAGAAGAGCAUUUUGGUUCAGGCGUUUUCUGUGCUUCAGGCUCUUUAUAGAUGCCAGGAUCAGUGGCCCAGCAAAAGUGACACAAAUCUGCCUCUAAUUGCAACCAUUUUGCGAGUGCUCCAGUACCACAGUGAGUGCAAAGAUGAUGGUACCAGCAAAGAAGGCACAGAAGAUGUACAGCUCCAAACUCUGGCAGAGAUCACAGCUGAGUUUCUAGCUGACAUCUGCAGUCAGAUUCACAAGGACACUGUGGCAGAUUUGGUGAAGAAAGGUUUCCUGACAGAGAAGACUUGUCUCACAGCUGCAGGCAGUUUACUUCCCAACUUUAAGACUUCAUUUCAGCACCUGCAGUUCAUGUUGUCAGAGACUGAUCCCCAGUUGGCAGACAUGGUGAGGAAACAGUUUCCUGACUGAGACGCCCAGCAGAUCAGUGUUCGGCACUCAUCCAGACUCUCAGCACUGCUUUUUAUAGUGGACUCUAUUUCCUCUCCAAAGAUCCUGCCUCAAGUCAGACUAUUUGCAUUUCCACUGGAAAGACUCAGAUGUCACACCAUCACUAUUGUGAGCCACUCCUGAGUAAAGUCUGUAAAAUUCUUUUUAAUUGUUUUGACAAUGCUAUUUUUGUAUUAAUUAAAUAUUGUCCUUUUAUUAAAAUCAAGUUGUGUUUAUGAGCUUUUAAACAUCAUUAUCAUGGCUGGACCACAAGCCUCAAACAAACAGCAGAACAGUCUGUAGAGAGGUGCUUCACUUUUUCAACCAAAAGAAUCGACACAGGAAAAUGUAAUCUUCUUAUCAUUGUAAUAAUAAUACUAAUAGUCUUCAUCAAAUGCCAUUGAAAUAUUACAGAGCAGUUGUAUGAAGGUAGUCAGGUGACAUCCAAAAUUCAUUACCAUGUAACCUUUUUUUUUUUUUUUUUUUUUUUGAGUGUAAAUAAAACACUGGUACAAUGAAGCUGCAAUGUUGUAAAUUUUACAGUUGUAAAUAUACACUCCCUUUCAUAAUCACAUUGAUAUUGGCUCUACUUUUUCCCAAAC